CCUGGAUCGACAACGCGCUAUCUGGACCAGCACCUAUACCCACUUCUCCCUCAGCUGACCCAUCUAUCUCUACCUCAACAAAAUCCCCAGAUGUGUCUCUCAAAGACCCGGAACAAGAGGAGCUUAGCAUUAAGCAGCCAACCCUUCUAAUCCACUGCCACCAAGGCAUAUCCCGGUCUGGCGCCCUUGUCGUCGCUUACCUAAUGCACUCCCUCUCCCUUUCCUACCCCUCUGCCCUCGCCCUUGCGCGAAAAGAUCGCGAAAUUGUCACCCCGAACUCAGGCUUUGUGAAACAGCUUGAACUAUGGGGCGAGUUGGGGUGUAGCCUUAUUGAUGCGGAGGGUAAGGAGAAGGGGAGGUUUGCGGCGUGGAAGAAGGUGAGGGAGGAUGUAAUGAGGGGAGGUGAGGAGGAGAGGAAUCGGGCUAGGGUUAGAGCCAUGGCGAGUAUGGCAGCAAGGUUUGGGGCCAGGAGGUUAAAGAGUGAGGAGGAGAGGGAGGAGAGUGGGUUGUAGGUUUG